CCGGUCAGAGCCUCGAUGUCAUCGCCCACUUCCGCCUCGGCAGACGUCACUUCCUCCUCGGUACGGCGUCGCUUCCGGCGCGCGGGUGGGCGUGGCCAGGGCCGCGCGCUGCCAUUGGCCGAGCGGCCGGAAGUGACGGCGCCCCCUGGCGGUGACGGGGCCGAUGGCGGCGGCGCUCGCGCGGCUGCGGCGCGCGCUCCGUCCCAGUUGGCCGCGGGUGUCCCAGUUUGGCUCGAUGACGUCACCGAUGACGUCAGCAGCCGCGCAGGAGCUGCAGUCGCUGCGGCUGCUGCAGGAACGGCCGCGGGUGCUGCACCUGCAGCUGCACCGGCCCGGCAAGCGCAACGCGCUGGACCUGCGCUGCUGGCGGGAACUGGUGCAGGUGUUCCGGGACAUCGCUCAGGACCCCGAGUGCCGCGCUGUGGUUGUCUCCGGGGCCGGCGCAGCUUUCACCGCCGGCAUCGACCUGGCGGAGCUGGGCUCGCUGCUGGCGGCGCUGCCGGCGCAGGACGCGGCGCGUCGGGCCUGGGCCCUGCGGCGCCACAUCCGGGAAUUCCAGGAGAGCUUCUCGGCCAUGGAGCGGGCGUGGAUCUGAUCUCGGCCUGUGACAUUCGCUUCUGCUCCCAGGACGCCUAUUUCCAGGUCAAGGAGGUGGACAUGGGGCUGGCGGCCGACGUGGGGACCCUUCAGCGCCUCCCCAAAAUCGUGGGGAGCCAGAGCCUGGUGAAUGAAUUGGCCUUCACCGCGCGCAUCAUGAGGGCGCCCGAGGCGCUGAGCUGCGGCCUGGUCAGCCGGGUGCUGCCGGACAAGGCGGCGCUGCUGGAGGUGGCGCUGGAGGUGGCCGAGGCCAUCGCCGCCCGCAGCCCCGUGGCCGUGCAGGGCACCAAGGUCAACCUGCUGUACUCGCGGGACCGGCCCGUCAGCGAGGGGCUGCAGCACGUGGCCACCUGGAACAUGGCCAUGCUGCAGACCGAGGACAUCCCCAAGUCAGUGCAGGCGGCCCUGGACAAGAAGGGACCCGAGGACGUCCCCUUUGCCAAGCUCUGAUGUCACCUCAGUGCCACCAACGUCCCCGUCCCCAUCUCUGGGGCCACCUCGGUGUCCCCCAAUAAAUUCUUUGUCCCCAAA